GAGAGCUGCUGAAGAAGUAGCAGCCCUGCUCCUUUUGCCUUGUCUGGUUGGGUCAGAUCCUUCCCGGGGAUAUGUAGAUUGGCUGACAGACUCCGCUGGAGACUUCGCAGUGACAAAGCAGCCGAGGAUUAACCCUGCUCCUGGGUCCUACGUCUGUCCAGGGAGCUGAGCGGGGCGCUCCUCAGGAAGUGUUUGGAUUGUGAGCUAUUUCAGAACUCUGUUCUCAGGACUCAUUAUUUUAACAUUUGGGAGAAACACGGCCAGAAGAUGCAUACUUGACUGAAGGAGAACGGGGAAUCUGAAGACUCCGGAUGACAUCAGGGCUACUUUUCAACAGCCUUCUCAGUUUUCUUUCUCAGAAAGCAGAGGCUCAGAGCUUGGAGACAGACGAACACAGAUAUUUGCAUUCAAUGGGGAACAAACGAUGAAGAAGGAAAAGGAAUAUAUUCACUAAGGAUUCUAUCUGCGUACUGCUACAGACCUGUGUUUUAAGGAAUUCUCCUCCUUCUUGCAUAGAAGUUGAUCAGCUCUGUGGUCAGACUCAUUUAUCUUGUCAUUGCCAGAAGAAAUCCUGGACAGAAUGUAACAGUACGUCUCUCUCUGAUUGCUAUGGAAGGUGAUAAACUGAUACUCACUUAUUAAAGUUACGUCUCACUCACCACAGAAAACCAUUCUUUAAAGUGAAUAGAAACCAAGCCCUUGUGAACACUUCUAUUGAACAUGACUCAUGGAGAAGAGCUUGGCUCUGAUGUGCACCAGGAUUCUAUUGUUUUAACUUACCUAGAAGGAUUACUAAUGCAUCAGGCAGCAGGGGGAUCAGGUACUGCCGUCGACAAAAAGUCUGCUGGGAAUAAUGAAGAGGAUCAGAACUUUAACAUUUCUGGCAGUGCAUUUCCCACCUGUCAAAGUAAUGGUCCAGUUCUCAAUACACAUACAUAUCAGGGAUCUGGCAUGCUGCACCUCAAAAAAGCCAGACUGUUGCAGUCUUCUGAGGACUGGAAUGCAGCAAAGCGGAAGAGGCUGUCUGAUUCUAUCGUAAAUUUAAACGUAAAGAAGGAAGCUUUGCUAGCUGGCAUGGUUGACAGUGUGCCUAAAGGCAAACAGGAUAGCACAUUACUGGCCUCUUUGCUUCAGUCAUUCAGCUCUAGGCUGCAGACUGUUGCUCUGUCACAACAAAUUAGGCAGAGCCUCAAGGAGCAAGGAUAUGCCCUCAGUCAUGAUUCUUUAAAAGUGGAGAAGGAUUUAAGGUGCUAUGGUGUUGCAUCAAGUCACUUAAAAACUUUGUUGAAGAAAAGUAAAGUUAAAGAUCAAAAGCCUGAUACAAAUCUUCCUGAUGUGACUAAAAACCUCAUCAGAGAUAGGUUUGCAGAAUCUCCUCAUCACGUUGGACAAAGUGGAACAAAGGUCAUGAGUGAACCGUUGUCAUGUGCUGCAAGAUUACAGGCUGUUGCAAGCAUGGUAGAAAAAAGGGCUAGUCCUGCCACCUCACCGAAACCUAGUGUUGCUUGUAGCCAGUUAGCAUUACUUCUGUCAAGCGAAGCCCAUUUGCAGCAGUAUUCUCGAGAACAUGCUUUAAAAACACAAAAUGCAAAUCAAGCAGCAAGUGAAAGACUUGCUGCUAUGGCCAGAUUGCAAGAAAAUGGCCAGAAGGAUGUUGGCAGUUUCCAGCUCUCAAAAGCCAUGUCAAGCCAUCUUAAUGGUCAGGCUAGAACAUCAUCAAGCAAACUGAUGGCUAGCAAAAGUAGUGCUACAACAUUUCAAAAUCCAAUGGGUAUCAUUCCUUCUUCCCCUAAAAAUGCAGGUUAUAAGAACUCACUGGAAAGAAACAAUAUCAAACAAGCUGCUAACAAUAGUUUGCUUUUACAUCUUCUUAAAAGCCAGACUAUACCUAAGCCAAUGAAUGGACACAGUCACAGUGAGAGAGGAAGCAUUUUUGAGGAAAGUAGUACACCUACAACUAUUGAUGAAUAUUCAGAUAACAAUCCUAGUUUUACAGAUGACAGCAGUGGUGAUGAAAGUUCUUACUCCAACUGUGUUCCCAUAGACUUGUCUUGCAAACACCGAACUGAAAAAUCAGAAUCUGACCAACCUGUUUCCCUGGAUAACUUUACUCAAUCCUUGCUAAACACUUGGGAUCCAAAAGUCCCAGACGUAGAUAUCAAAGAAGAUCAAGAUACCUCAAAGAAUUCUAAGCUAAACUCACAUCAGAAAGUAACACUUCUUCAAUUGCUACUUGGCCAUAAGAAUGAAGAAAAUGUAGAAAAAAACACCAGCCCUCAGGGAGUACACAAUGAUGUGACCAAGUUCAGUACACAAAAUUAUGCAAGGACUUCUGUGAUAGAAAGCCCCAGUACAAAUCGGACUACGCCAGUGAGCACUCCACCAUUACUUACAUCAGCCAAAGCAGAGUCUCCCAUCAAUCUCUCUCAACACUCUCUGGUCAUCAAAUGGAAUUCCCCACCGUAUGCCUGCAGUACUCAGUCUGAAAAGACUGCAUCUAACCACUCAAUGGACCUUACAAAAAGCAAAGACACGCCAGGAGAGAAACCAGCCCAAAACGAAGGUGCACAAAACUCUGCAACUUUCAGUGCCAGUAAGCUGUUACAAAAUUUAGCACAAUGUGGACUGCAGUCUUCCAUGUCAAUGGAAGAGCAGAGACCCAGCAAACAGCUGUUAACUGUAAACACAGAUAAACCGAUAGGUGUGAUUGAUAGAUUAAAUAGCCCUUUGCUCUCAAAUAAAACGAGUACAGCUGAAGAAAGUCAAGCAUUUAAUAGUCAACCAACAGGUCCUGAACCGGGGCUUUCCGGUUCUGAAAUAGAAAAUCUGCUUGAAAGACGUACCGUCCUCCAGUUGCUCCUGGGAAACCCCAACAAAGGCAAAAAUGAAAAGAAAGAGAAAACUCCCUUAAGAGAUGAAAGUACUCAGGAACACUCAGAGAGAGCUUUAAGUGAACAAAUAUUGAUGGUGAAAAUAAAAUCUGAGCCUUGUGAUGACUUACAAAUUCCUAAUACAAAUGUGCACUUGAGCCAUGAUGCCAAGAGUGCUCCAUUCUUGGGUAUGGCUCCUGCUGUGCAGAGAAGCGCACCUGCCUUACCAGUGUCCGAAGACUUUAAAUCGGAGCCUGUUUCACCUCAGGAUUUUUCUUUCUCAAAGAAUGGUCUCUUAAGUCGAUUGCUAAGACAAAAUCCAGAUAGUUACCUGGCAGAUGAUUCAGACAAGAGUCACAGAAGUAAUGAAAUGGCACUUCUAGAAUCAAAGAAUCUGUGCGUGGUCCCUAAGAAAAGGAAGCUUUAUACUGAGCCAUUAGAAAAUCCAUUUAAAAAGAUGAAAAACAACGUUGUCGAUGCUGCAAACAAUCACAGUGCCCCAGAAGUACUGUAUGGGUCCUUGCUUAACCAGGAAGAGCUGAAAUUUAGCAGAAAUGAUCUUGAGUUUAAAUAUCCUGCUGGUCAUGGCUCAGCCAGCGAGAGUGAACACAGGAGUUGGGCCAGAGAGAGCAAAAGCUUCAAUGUUCUGAAACAGCUGCUUCUCUCAGAAAACUGUGUGCGAGAUUUGUCCCCGCACAGAAGUAACUCUGUUGCUGACAGUAAAAAGAAAGGACACAAAAAUAAUGUGACCAACAGCAAACCUGAGUUUAGCAUUUCUUCUUUAAAUGGACUGAUGUACAGUCCCACUCAGCCCAGCAGUUGCAUGGAUAACAGGACAUUUUCAUACCCAGGAGUAGUAAAAACUCCUGUGAGUCCUACUUUCCCUGAGCACUUGGGCUGUGCAGGGUCUAGACCAGAAUCUGGGCUUUUGAAUGGGUGUUCCAUGCCCAGUGAGAAAGGACCCAUUAAGUGGGUCAUCACUGAUGUGGAGAAGAGUGAGUACGAAAAAGACUCUCCAAGACUGACCAAAACCAACCCAAUACUAUAUUAUAUGCUGCAGAAAGGAGGCAAUUCUGUUACCAGUCGAGAAACACAAGACAAGGACAUUUGGAGGGAGCCUUCAUCUGCUGAAAGUGUCUCACAGGUCACAAUCAAAGAAGAGUUACUUCCUACUGCAGAAACGAGAGCUUCUUUCUUUAAUUUAAGAAGCCCUUACAAUAGCCAUAUGGGAAAUAAUGCUUCUCGCCCACACAGUGCAAACGGAGAAGUUUAUGGACUUCUGGGAAACGUGCUAACAAUAAAAAAAGAAUCAGAAUAAAAUGUACCUGCCAUCCAGUUUGGGAUCUUUUUAAAACAUAAUGAGUAUGAACUUGAGAUCUGUAUAAAUAAGAGCAUGAUUUGAGAAAAGCAUGGUAUAAUUGAAACUUUUUUCAUUUUGAAAAGUAUUGGUUACUGGUGAUGUUUAAAUAUGCAUACUAAUUUUUGCUUAACAUUAGAUGUCAUGAGGAAACUACUGAACUAGCAAUUGGUUGUUUAACACUUCUGUAUGCAUCAGAUAACAACCGUGAGUAGCCUAUGAAUGAAAUUAUUUUAUAAACAUAAAUAAUAGGCAUAAAUUAAAAUGUAAAACUCCAUUCAUAGUGGAUUAAUGCAUUUUGCUGCGUUUAUUAGGGUACUUUUAUUUUGCUCUUCAGAAGUCAGCCUACAUAACACAUUUUUUAAAGUCCAAACUGUUAAACAACUCUUUAAAGGAUAAUUAUCCAAUUAAGAAAAAACCUAGUGCUGAUUCACAGCUUAUUAUCCAAUUCAAAAAUAAAUUAGAAAAAUAUAUGCUUACAUUUUUUCACUUUUGCUAAA